AUGGCACUGUGGUUGACAUCCAUUUUGUAUUCACUUGGUACCUUUAUUUUUUUCAGUAAUCAAAUUGAAGAAACAUUUCCACAGGCAUCUUCAAACUCCCUUGGUAUUUGUUCACCUGUCCCAAUGGGAUUUUUGCUUAGCAAAGCUUCUACUCAGAUAUCAGCCAUACAGAUGGAUUCAAAAGUAGAUGACCAUUUAAUGCAAGAAACUGAGAAAAAUAGGUUAGAACCAGUGACUCGGUUAUUUCAAGACACCAAGAAAAUAAUAUUUGAAGACAUAAACCAAGAAAACUUUACAAGAAUUGAAGGGACUGAUACAGGAUCUCUUUCACUGAAAACCUUGAAUUCUGUGGUGUAUGUUAAGGAAAACGAUGGCCUGGUGAUAACAGAUUUGGAGUAAAGAAACCGAGACAUACUACCAAAGACACCAAAACUUGCUUUUAAUUAGAGGAUGUGUGGAACAAAAUCGAACUUUAUUAGGAACGCCUGACAAAAGGAAGGGAGAAAAAGACAUCCUGAAUUCAAAGUUGAUCUCUACGGGAUUAUAUUCUAUCGCUGAUAAAAACUAGUUUGGGGUUUUUUGUUUUGUUUUGUUUUGGGUUAACAGUAUUUCAACAGUACCAAAACAGCUUUACUGUAAUUACAAUGAAUUUUUUUAAUAAGUAUUAUAAAAAAGGAGGUCUGAGAAAUUUGACUUGACUCUCUCACCUUUCACAUGUUGCAUUUCCAGUUGGAGAGUUUGCUCUGGGAGUCUUUGCUUUUUUACAUCAGGACUGUUUCUGUUCUGUAAAAGAUUGCUGCAGAUGAACUCUACAGGAAAGACCAACAAACACAAAUCUUCAGAAGCCUUUCAGUCUUCUUUUUCACCAUGCUACAUCCAUGCCAGAGCUACAAAAGCUUUCUUUCCAAGUUUAUUAUCUUGUAUCUGCUGCCAUUUUAUGCUAACAUUUCAUAUAAG